AUGCCCCCAUUCAGGACCAGAGGGAAUGGCAAUGGACAAAGAGGACGAGGAGGUGGCAGAGGUGGUGGCAGAGGUGGAAGAAGUGGAGGAUAUGGUGGACCCAAAUUGCCUGCCGAGUUGAGAGAAAAAGUUGAUACCAAAUAUGGAUCAGGAUCUAGGCGAAUUGAACUCACACGGAAAGAAGAGAGGAAAGCAGCUCGCUCAGGCCCGUCUGUGCAGAAUAGAAACAGGGCACCUCCGUCUGUGUCGGAAGAUGAUGAUCUUGAAGCAGAUCAAACUCAAUUAGCUCCGCCGCCAAAGAAAGCGAAAUCAAAGUUAGGUCACGAUGAGCCUCCUAAGAAGAAAAAGAAACUACCGGAGCUGAGACUGCCUGAUGAAAUGGUCGGAGAUGCAGAAGAUCAAGAGAUCGAGUGGUUGGAGUACAUACUGAAGAAGGAGAAAGGGAAAGGGAAAGAGGUGUAUGAUGAUGGGUUGGAUGAUCUCCUCGAUUUUGCGGAUGUUGUCGGACCUGGAGGAAGCGGAUUAAACAUGGAUAAGGUGGAUGAGAGUGACGAGGAGCUCGCCGAAGAAGACGAGAGUGACGACGAUGAUGACAUGAUGGAUCUUGAUGGACUAGAGGAAGAUGAGGAGGAAUCAAACGAAGAGGGUGAUGAGUCAGAUGCAGAGAAGGAAAGCAACGACGAUGAAGAGAUAGAGCUUGACGAAGAAUAUUCCAAUGAAGAAGAAGGCGAUGACGAGGUUAAACAAGAUACCGAUGUAAACUCUGAAAGUUUAAAUGAGCUUAAUAUCGAUGUAUCUGAAUCAGCUCCUACAGAUCCUGAACAGUCGUCCGCACCUACCAAAUAUAUCCCUCCGCAUCUUCGAGCCGCUCAAUUAGAGGAAAAAGCAAGAGGUAGUAAAGAGAAAGCCGAAGAGAUGGUGAGACUGGAACGGAAAUCUCAAGGUCUGCUAAAUAAACUGAGUGAAGCAAAUCUUGAGAGCAUUCUAGGGGAGAUCGAGGGGUUGUAUAGGGGACAUAGUAGAAAUGAUGUGACGACUACCCUCACCAAUCUUAUCAUUGUGAUGAUAUCGAACAAAGCGAAUUUGUUAGAUUCCUUCGUUGUGCUGUAUGCUACUCUCGUCGGAGCUUUGCAUCGAGUAGUAGGAAUGGAAUUCGGCGCCCACUUCGUUCACACUCUGAUUAUGCGAUACCAAGAUGCGCUCACCAAUCCAGCGUCAAGCGGUACCAAUCUGGAAGCGAAUAUAUAUGAAACGCCCGACGGAUCGAAAGAAGCUCUCAACUUGCUCACCCUCAUAGCGGAGCUAUACAAUGCUCAAGUGAUUGGAUCGAAGUUGAUAUACGAUUUAGUGAGAGGGUUUUUGGAAGGAGGAAAUGAAAAAGAUGGAGAAAUCAUGGGAGAAAGCGCAGUGGAAGGAUUGUUAAAGGUUCUGAGAUGCUCCGGUGCACAACUGCGAACAGAUGAUCCUGCUUCUUUGAAGGAUAUAGUCUCAUUAGUGCAAGAUAAAACCAAAGGGAAGGAAAAGACCAUGACUGCAAGGGCCAGAUUCAUGGUUGAAACGUUGACAAAUGUGAAGAAUGGAAAAAUCAAAUCGAACACAAAUUCAGAAGGUGGCAAUGAAGCUGCUACAAGGAUGAAAAAGUUCCUCUCAGGUUUAGGCAAAAAACGUCGUUUACUGGCAUACGAGCCAUUACGAGUGUCAUUAUCCGAUUUGUUAUCAGCGGACAAGAAGGGUAAAUGGUGGUUAGUAGGAGCUGGAUGGUCUGGAAAUCCUUUACUCGAAAGAGAGCAACUAGCUUCUGCUUCAACGUCUACAUCUGCUGCAUCGAAGAAAGGCCAUAAGGCGGAAUCAAAGGAGGAAGCUACGGAUGAAGAAGCGCUACUGGAUCUCGCUAGGAAACAGGGUAUGAACACUGAUGUUAGAAGAGGUGUUUUCGUCGUUUUGCUGUCCUCAGAGGAUUACAUUCAUGCUUGUGAUAGGUUGAAUGCUCUAAAAUUGACGGAAGUGCAGCAGAGGGAGCUUGUCAGAGUGACAUUGCAUUGCUGUGGACUUGAAAAGACAUAUAAUCCAUACUAUACGCUUAUCCUUUCGAACCUAUGUUCGAACUCUUACGAUCAUCGCUUCACACUCCAAUACGCUCUUUGGGAUUUCCUUCGUGAGCUAGAAUCGGGUAGUCUAGAUUCAUCAAAAGCGAAGAAACAAAAGCAACGCGCUAGCAAUGUGGCUAAAGCUAUUGGAUAUGUGGUUGGAAGAGGCGGUCUGGACAUGACGGUUUUCAAGGCAUUAGACUUCACUUCACUUUCUUCGCCAUUAUUGUCGUUCUUGAUAAAUUUCCUAGUACACAUGAUACUAUCAAUUCAUACAUCUUCACCAAUAUUCACUUUACCUAAAACCUUCUCGAUACAAAACAAUUUUGACGAUGAAUCCAUCCAAGAGAAAUUCGAAAAAAUGCUAAGUAACACUGAGUUAGCAGGUGGAUGGCUAUAUGUUCUAGAAAGGGGGCAGAAGAAGAUCACGGAAAUGAUAGGAGUCUUAGGUGACAAAGAGAGGGAGACGGUGAGAAGGGGUGUGAAGAUUGGUAGAGACGUUCUGGGCAAUGCUAUUUAG